CACUGAGUUAAGAUAUUUGAGGAGUGAAGAAACACAGCGCUCCGUGGACCCAAUCUUUCUGAGAAGCCAAGCUGACCAGAAGAGCUGCUUUCUGAAUCCUUUCUCUCAAACCUGCUUGAUGUUGUGUAAUCGUACACACGGGAUGCCUCGUGGGGACUUCAACGUUUAUUUUGCCAGCAGCAGGCGAGGAAACGUCAGAGCUGAGGAGGCAGUGGGCAUAGCUCUGCUGGUUGUCAUCCUUGCAGCACUUCUCAUCCUGGGCUGCUGGUACUUCAAGAAAAGGAGUGGCUACAAACUUAUCAGAGUGAGACCAUCACACUUUAUUUAUAGCCCCAGAUCGGGAUCAUCAGGUUAUACAGGAAGCCAGUACUCGGAGGCAGGAUCUCCAGCAGAAAACAAGAUGGCUCUUACUGAUUUUGGCAGCUUCCGAUCUGUGGUUCCCAAUGCACCUCCAGCCUAUGAGAAGAUUUCCUCUGGGCCAUUGCCACCUCCAUAUUCCCCCUGAAGCACUGUGGCUGAAGAUGGAAGAGGCAAAGAAAGACAAUGAAGAAGGAACUUCAAGCUCACCUUGCUGUUUGAAAAUAUAUAAUCUUAUGUCCCUAGCAAUAUAGUGCAUUGUAAGCAAAUAUAGGUGAAACUACUGUAUCUCUCACUUUGUAAAAUUAAAAACUACACAAAUGAACACAGCUUUAAUACUAUAGCUUGUUUCAAUAAACAGUAAAACACUA